ACAGACUGAUAUCAACAACAAAAAUUGGUACACCCAUCCCAACUUUGAAACUGAUACUACAAUGGCCGCUGUUCAGGGCAUGGUGGAUUGGAAGAGAAAACCAAUCAACAAAGACAAACAUGGUGGAACUAUAGCUUCAUUAUUCAUCCACUUUUUGGUGGUGAUGACAAACAUAACAUUCAUAGGGAAUGUAUUCAACAUGGUCACAUAUUUUCGCCAAACUAUGCACAUGGAUGUAGGGAGAUCUUCAGCAACUGCGACAAAUGUUAUCGGUGUAUCUUGCGCAUUUGCCUUGGUUGGAGGGUUCUUCACAGAUUCAUACAUAACUAGGUUUACUGGCAUCCUAAUUGCCGGCCCUAUUGAGUUCUUGGGAUAUGUGUUACUAGCAUUGCAAGCACAUCUUCCGUCACUUAAACCACCAGUAUGUGAAAUGUCAGAGCAAUUUAGUAACUGCAAACAAGUUCGAGGAUACAAUGCAGUUGUACUCUACAUAGGUUUAUACCUUGUUGCCUUCGGAGAAGGUUGUUUUCGAGCAAACCUUGCAUCUUUAGGUGGAGAUCAAUUUGAUGACGAUGACCCAAUUGAGUUGGAACAGAAGUCCAGCUUUUUUAAUUGGUACACCUUCAGUGUUUCACUUGGAGGUUUAAUAGGUGUGACUCUGUUAGUGUGGAUUCAAGGGAACAGAGGAUGGGAUCUUGCUUUCACAUUAGCAGCUGGUUUAACUCUACUAGGGGUGGUGGUGGUCGCCUCUGGCUUCUCAUUUUACAGGAAUUUGAUCCCAAUAGGCAGUCCUUUAACUCGGAUGUUGCAGGUUCUUGUGGCUGCAUAUCGAAAACGCAAGCUUCCCUUCCCUGAAAUGGAUGAAGAAAUCUACUUAGAAUAUAGCAAGGAAAAUAAUGUAGGCGAAAUAUUGUUACAUACUAAAGGCUUGGCAUGGCUGGACAAGGCUUCAAUAUCAGAUGGGAAAACUGGAGAUUGGUAUCUCUGCAGCGUCAGCCAAGUAGAAGAGAUUAAAAUUGUUAUCCGAAUGCUGCCAGUUUUUCUCAGUUCGAUGAUAUGUUACAUUCCAAUGACUCUAGUUCAAACACUGACAAUACAACAAGGAGGCACAAUGAACACCAAGUUGGGUGCAAUUCAUGUCCCACCAGCAUCUCUCUUUGUUAUUCCCAUAGUUUUCCAGCUAGUGAUGCUAGUCAUUUACGAUCGAGCAUUUGUACCAUUUGCCCGCCGAAUCACAGGGUGCCCAACUGGCAUAUCUCACUUGCAACGUGUUGCUGUUGGUUUAAUAGCUAUAAUUAUAGCAACCAUUUUGGGGGCGGUUAUUGAGAAGAAACGGAAGGGUGUGGCAGAAGACCAUGGAUUACUCGAUUCAGGAAGCCCAGUGCCUAUGUCUGUAAUGUGGCUGUCUCUCCAGUUCUUUGCUACAGGUAUUGUUGAUGUUAUGGCAUUCGUUGGGUUGCUCGAGUUUUUCAAUACUGAAGUGUCCAGAGGGAUGAAAUCCUUGGGGACUGCUAUGUUUUAUUGCAAUCUAGGCUUGGCUUCUUUGCUGGGGUCUGUUCUUGUGGAUGUAGUCAACAAAGUUAGUAGACAUGGAGGUAUUGGAUGGUUAGAGGGAAAUAACUUAAACCGAGACUAUCUUGACCGAUUCUAUUGGUUUUUAACCAUCCUUGGAUUGGUGGCCUUUCUGAACUACUUGUAUUGGGCAAGACGCUAUACAUACCGGCAACACAACCGGGCAGCAACUAGCUGAAAAGUCUACUGAACAGAAGUUAAGUUUCUAUAUUGUGUUGAUCAUAUGACAAACCUUAUAACUGUACUUACCCUAAUGAUUGUUUGUUUCUAAUAUAACUUUCUAUAUUGUACCAA